UUUUUUUGUUUUAUUUUUGGUCUCCCUCUCUCUCUCUCUCUCUCUAAGCCUUUGCUUAUUUAAAACCUACCAUUGGGCGUCUUUGUAGUCCUAAGAUCUCACAUUGCCAUCUUCUCUGCUCUUUUGAUACUCUGUUUCUUUCUAUACUCUCUUCAGGCAGAAGAUAAAGCAACAAGAAACUAAGAAAAACAAUGACUAACCAACAAAAUGUGGUGGUUCUUGAUGUGAUAUCGCGGGGUGUUAGCAAUGUGUUGCCUCGAUCAUCUCUGCCAGUGCCCAAGUCCUUUUCACCGCAAGACCUUAAGAUGUUAUUGAUGAAGAGAUUCGAAGCUGAAAAUGGGGGCGCUAAAAUCAGUGCCUGGGUGGAUUCCAUGAGAGCUUCUUCACCAACCCGUAUCAAGUCCUCUACCACUGCUUCCUUACCUGAAACUGACGACACUAGUUCCUGGAUCGUUCACCAUCCCUCGGCUUUGAGCAUGUUUGAGCAAAUAGUAGCCGCUUCUAAAGGAAAACAAAUUGUGAUGUUUCUGGAUUACGACGGCACACUCUCUCCGAUUGUUGAAGACCCGGAUCAAGCUUUCAUGCCCAAAGAGAUGAGAGCAACUGUAAGAGAUGUUGCAAGAUAUUUUCCAACAGCAAUCGUGACCGGAAGGUGCAGAGACAAGGUUUACAGCUUUGUGAAACUGGCUGGACUUUAUUAUGCUGGUAGCCAUGGUAUGGACAUCAAGGGACCAUCUAAAAGUUGCAAAUACAAGAAAGGUAACCAGGGAGUUCUUUUCCAGGCUGCAAGUGAAUUCUUGCCCAUGAUUGAUGAGGUUUACAAAGACUUGGUGGAGAAAACAAAAUCCAUUCCAGGAACGAAAGUGGAAAACAACAAGUUUUGUGUCUCCGUACAUUUUCGUUGUGUUGAUGAAAAGAGUUGGGCUGCACUAGCGGAGCAAGUUAGAUCGGUGCUCAACCACUACCCUAAGCUUAAACUAACUCAAGGGAGGAAGGUAUUAGAGAUCCGACCCACCAUCAAAUGGGACAAAGGAAGAGCCCUAGAAUUUUUGUUGGAGUCCCUAGGAUAUGCGAAUUCAACUAAUGUUUUACCGGUGUACAUUGGCGACGAUCGAUCCGACGAAGAUGCUUUUAAGGUUUUACGUGAGAGAGGGCAAGGGUUUGGGAUUCUUGUGUCCAAGCUACCUAAAGAAACAAAUGCUUCAUAUUCUCUCCAAGAACCAUCUGAGGUUAAGGAGUUUUUGAAGCGUUUGGUGGACUGGAAAAAAAUGUCACAAAGAGCAGCUAAAUGUGCUUAGAUAUAUCCCACCCUAGAAAAGGGAGGAAGGAAUUAAUUAUUAUUAUGUAAUUUUCUCGUUUUAGAGAGAGUAAUUUCCAAUUGUAAUUAACUACCAUCAUCUUCAACAGGCUGUGAUUGAAAAACAUGAGCCCCAAGAAGAAUUCCAUAAUUUUGGAAAAUCUUUGAAUUA